UUAUAGCGGGACUGCAGCAGGCAUUCUGACACUGGGGGGAGAACUGACUAAUUGUCACUGACAUCCCAAUGACACUAAUACAGUGAUCAGUGCUAAUAAAAAGCACUGACACUGUACUAAUGGCACUGGGCAGGAAGGGGUUAACAUCUGGGGCGAUCAAAUGGUUAACUGUGUGCUGUUUUACUAAGUGUGCUGUCUGUGUUUUACUAGGGAAACAUGCUGCUGCUGUGUAUUUCGCUGCUAUGCAGAGAAAUACACAGCAGCAUGUUACUGCUGGCAGGAGAGAGACCUGUGUUGUUUUUACACAGGUCUCUCCCCUGAAAUGCAAAAUC